AGAAAACGGCGAAGAAGAAGAAUAAGAAGCGCCAGAUUUGUAAACCACCGACGAGCGUGUGGAUUGUUGACAUAUAUGUCGUAUUAUUUCAAAAAUAUCCGAUCAAGUAAAACGUUAACAACAUGUCUGACGAGUCGGGCUAUUCUCCCAGCUUCAAGCGGCCUUCGGAAAUCAUGCGAAUGCGAAGGAAAAGAGCGCGCAGCGAAGCUUCUUCUUCCAGCCCGAGCGGACAAAGCUCGUCGUCGUCGCCGGCAUGUCGGCCCUUUGCUCCUGGUCCUCUUUUCAACAAAGGGGCUCCGGCGAAGCGCAGGAACCCUUUCGCCAACAUCGACAACACGUCCACUCCCAGCAAGAGGCGGCUCAUUCACGACGAAGACGACAAGACGGCGACGACCCAAACAGAAUAUGUCGACGAGGUGUCAUUGUUGAGGCAAGCGGACAGACUUGAACGACAGGAACAUUGUUCUCCGGGUUCUGAAGACGACUCUCUGUUUGAGGAAAACGAAGGAAACGUUGAAACACCGCUGCUGUUGAAGAGUCCGCAGGCCAUUGCUCCUCUCUCCAUAGAAGCUUCUCUCUGCACAGAGUAUCCAGCUGACUGGAGUUUGAAGACACGCCUCCUCUCGUCUCUGCGGUCAUUGUCUUGGUCUGAGCAGCCCAAAGCUCAAGAGGAAGCGUUGGGGCUGAGUCAGCACUGCAGAACACAAUUCAUCACUUUACCUCACAGUCUACAGGAUCCUAAGUCUUGCAGCAAGCUGCGCUGUGCUUUUCAGCAAAGCCUUAUCUACUGGCAGCAUCCCAGCCUGCCAUGGGUGCCCUUGUUCCCCAGGAUGAAUGCCAAUAGAAGGUUCACAGGCACAAGCGCCCCCUGGGCACAAGACGCCACACUGCAGCAGAGUCUGAUGAAUGAAUGGUCAGCCAGUCUGUCGUCGCUUUACAGUCUACUAAAGUCCAGGCUGUGUCCUUACUUCUACGUGUGCGCUUAUCAGUUCACAGUGUUGUUCAGGGCAGCAGGUCUGGCAGGUUCAAGCAGCAUCACUGCUCUGAUUUCUCCCACAGCUAGAGGCUUGCGGGAGGCCAUGGAGGCUGAAGGCAUCGAGUUCAGUAUGCCUCUCUUGGACGAAAGGAAGAAGACCAGUGAGCAACGGAAUCCUUGCAAGGAGCAGCAGCAAGAGUCAGAGCAUAACGACUGUUGGGAUGGAUGUGAAGACGACAAUGAAAAUGGAGGCAGCAGCCUCUCCUGGCUAAAGCAAAUAGGAGUCCAGGACAAGAUCAAGAAUCCAGACCGAGUGUCUAUGCAACUUCGCAAGGAGAGCCAGGCGGUGAGUCUGGACCACAAGCCUGAAUCUGUGCUGUCCAUAGAAGGACCGCACACCUUCACGCUCAUCAACUUCCUCAUCAACUGCAAGAGCAUCGUCGCCUCGGCCGGCUCUCAGGCAGGACUUCCUCCAACAUUGUUGGCGCCACUCGCUUUUAGAGGCGCUGCCAUGCACUCACUGAAGGCUCGUUGCGUGAACGUCAAGAGCCAGGUUGGUUCUACCUACCAGAACGUCAGCUGUCUGGAGAUAGCAGGGCCCAUUCUGCCAUCCUCUCUCCACGCCAUAACCACCUUGCUUGGACCCGCACAGAAAGGAAACUUCUCAGCCACUCUCCAUACUCACACGCCGACAGCCAUCAUGAACGUGCACAAUCCCAAGCUACAGUGCGUCAGCGGGACGGCGGACCUUUCUUCAUGCGGCCUUCAUCCCGCCUCCAUCCAGCAGCUGCAGCAAUCCCCCAGCCUCGGUAAGACAGCGCUCAUGCAGAUCACCAUGGAGGACUACAGCUACACUUGGAAGAACUGACGUGGUCCUAGUUGGUUUUCAGUGUGGUUUGGUUGCACAAAAUAAAGUGCACUUAGGCAUUAUACCUGCUAUAAUAUGCACUGGAAAUGUAAUAGUUUGUGUUUAGUGUACAAUUGCUUUAACUUAUGUUUUUAUUUUCGGAUGUUUUCAAUGUAAAAAAAAUAAAUAAUUGUAUUCUACAGUAUGUGCCUAAAGUCUUUGAACACUAAACAAAAAUGUGUAUAAUUACAUUUGUUUAAAAAAAGAAAAGAAAAUUAUAUGCAGUAUAAUGUAAAUAUUUUGUUAUACUCUAAAGCAGGGGCGCUCACACUUUUUCUGCAGGCGAGCUACUUUUCAAUUGACCAAGUCGAGGAGAUCUACCUCAUUCCUAUUUAUAAUUUAUAUUUAUUUAUUUAUGAAAGAGACAUUUUUGUUAAGUUAAUGGUGUUUAAUGAUAAUACAAACAUGUUUAACACACAUAGAUUCCUUUCUUUCAUGAAGACAAGAAUAUAAGUUGGUGUAUUUGAUUCUGAUGACUUGCAUUGAUUGGAAUUAGACAGUGGUGCUGAUAACGUCCGCAUUUUCAAAUGGAGGAAAAAAAAAGUCCUCCUUUCUGUCCAAUACCACAUGAAAGUGGUUGGAUUUGGCAUCUCAUUUGUCCAACUUGCAUACUCGUUUUUAAACACUUUGUUAUGAGAGUAGCAUAUGUGUGUGGCCCUUUAAUGUCUGGCAGCAGGUGAGUGACGUCAGUGACUGUGCGGGUGGGCAAGCAAGUGAGAAAGCGGUCGCUGAGGGCGGGGGAGAAAUACAUUGGCAUCAAACUCCGUAGCUUGCUAGCUUGUGCACGCUAGCUUUCUGAGACUCUUAUUUUGUUAGCACAGGCAGGAUGAAACAGGUCUUUUAUGGUGAAGACAGGAACUGUGCUGUCGGUCUUUAGAGUUUUGACAGUAGGUACGGAGUCUCUAGAAAUAAAAUGUGUUUCUCUGCGUCCGCCCUGUUAGUGAUUUUUUUCUUAAAUAUGAGCUCGCAGCAGCCAGCGUCAUCUCACAAGACCCUCGGGUGCCGAGAAUGUCAAACAACUGACGAAAGUGAAGUCUUGGUAUGAUUGAUGAUUGCUCAUUUUUAUGUCUAUUUUUUAAUGCCUGGCUUGAGAUCGACUGACACACCCUCCGAGAUCGACCAGUCGAUCGCGAUCGACGUAAUGGGCACCCCUGCUCUAAAGUAAUGCAUGUAAUACAAGCAAAUCAUUUUAAAUGCAUUCAUGUUAGUGAUUAGAUUUGUUUCAAUAUAUUUAAUGUAAAAUUUAUAACAAACUUUUAAUCAGAGGACACAAUUUGUGUACAUCGUUAAUCAUAUUGUAUACACAUAUAUACAAUCACAUUUUGAAUAUUACAUUUUUUUUUUUAAAUAUCUGAGGGACAAGCAGUAGAAAUGGAUGGAUAUAUUUUUUGUAAAGAUCAAAGUAUAUACAUUUAUGUCAACAGUUCAGGGACAGCCUGUAGUAUUGAGAGUGAGGGAGGCAGGAAAGCUGAGUGUAACAUUAUAUCUUUAUUUUUUUAUUUCACUUUAAAAGCUUAACAUUUACCUUGAGAUGACAAGCAAAUAUAAACACUUCUAUAAUUUGCCAGCCAUGAUACAACAAAAUGUACACGUUUUAUAGUUCUUUCCUCAGCGUAAUGUUUUCCCACUGUGUAGCUUUAUCAGGUAUCUGUAAAGCAUUCUAUGUCUGCUGUUAUAAAAA